UGUCUCGCGUUGCUUUGACGCUGCUCAGGAAUGGAGGUGUGUUUGCAGAAACUGUCGGGCUCGUGUUGAUGCGUAGACCGAGCCGAGACGUAUCCGAGAGGGGGAACGGGGUCAUCGGCGGAAAGGGAGGACACCACCGAGCCACAGCGUCGACAGUCGCCUUCCCCCCGGUGGCUCUCGCGUCUCUGUUCAAGGUGGGUCCUACCCGGAGUAUCACCAUCCUACAAUGGGCUGGGGGAGAUCGGCUCAACCCGGAGAAUGUGCGGAGGGCCGAGGAUAGCACCCAGACGAUCGCACCGAGUCCAUGAGGCUUUCUUGUCCGCGCUCGCCCCUAGUUCCUCGGCCCCGGUGUCUGACAGCCAGCGGCGCACAGUGCGUUAAAGUUCCGGGAGCAGAGAGGACGGGCCUCCGCGGAGCUGCGCUUUAAAUGUUGAGAUCCAGCCCCAGUCGGGCAUCGUGGUAGUGAUUUGAAAUCUUUCACGGUCCCGCCGAGCGGAUGGAGUGAAUUGUGCCAAAAGGGGGAGAGGGACAGAGCACAGUUCGGCUGCGUGUGAUGAUAGGAGACACAAUGACGCUCUUGUCUCUUCUGGGUCGGAUCAUGCGCUAUUUUCUCCUCAGGCCUGAGACGUUGUUCCUGCUCUGCAUCAGUCUGGCGCUGUGGAGCUACUUCUUCCACACGGACGAGGUGAAGACCAUCGUCAAGUCCAGCCGGGAUGCCGUGAAGAUGGUGAAGGGGAAAGUGGCAGAGAUGAUGCAGAACGACCGGCUUGGAGGCCUCAGCAUCCUGGACGCCGAGUUCUCCAAGACCUGGGAUUUCAAGAGCAACAACGUAGCCGUGUACUCCAUCCAGGGCCGGAGGGACCACAUGGAGGACAGGUUCGAGGUGCUCACCGACAUCGCCAACAAGAGCCACCCGUCCAUCUUCGGGAUAUUUGACGGCCACGGUGGAGAGGCUGCAGCGGACUACGUGAAGGCCCACCUGCCCGACUCCCUGAAGCAGCAGCUGCAGGCCUUCGAGAGGGAGAAGAGGGACAGCUCCCUGUCUUACGGCAGCAUCCUCGAGCAACGCAUCCUGUCCGUGGAUCGGGAGAUUCUCGACAAGCUCUCUGUCAAGAACGACGAAGCAGGAACGACGUGUCUGGUAGCGCUGCUGUCGGACAGGGAACUCACGGUGGCCAACGUUGGAGACUCUCGCGGCGUGCUGUGCGACAAAGACGGGAACGCUGUCGCACUUUCACAUGAUCACAAACCCUAUCAGCUCAAAGAACGCAAGAGGAUCAAGAGGGCAGGAGGUUUCAUCAGUUUCAACGGCUCCUGGAGAGUGCAGGGAAUCCUGGCGAUGUCCCGCUCUCUCGGGGACUACCCACUGAAAAACCUCAACGUGGUCAUCCCCGACCCGGACAUCAUGACCUUUGACCUGGACAAACUGCAGCCGGAGUUCAUGAUCCUGGCCUCCGACGGCCUGUGGGACGCCUUCAGCAACGAGGAGGCCGUCCGGUUUGUCCGCGAGCGGCUGGACGAGCCUCACUUCGGCGCCAAGAGCAUCGUCCUUCAGUCCUUCUACCGAGGCUGCCCCGACAACAUUACCGUCAUGGUGGUGAAAUUCAAGAGUGGAGCCGGGAGGAGCAGCAGCAGCAAGACGGGGCAGUAGGUUGAGUGUAGAGCUCACGUUGCAAUCAGCGUAUUCUGUGACAAUUUUUUUUCCUCUCAUCUUUGGAGCAGCAACAUCAGAAGAAGACUGAGAAAAUAUGUUUUAAAGACACUGAGGACUGGACUUUUAUCAAGUGCACACACACACACACACACACACACCACACACACGUAUAUACAGACAAACACAUGCAAACACUAAAAAUAAGGUUUUGUUUUAUUUGCAGGUCUCUGAAUGAGAUGAAGACGUGUAAACACAAUACAGACCUAACAAACAUCGGCCAACUUAAUGACAAACACAUUGAAAUACAGAUGUUCUCCAACACUGCAGAUGCAUUUAAACGCAUUUAAACCACACCACACAGGGGUUUUCUCUCAACCAGCGCACUACAGACUGUGACUGAUUUACUACUGUUUGCUGCACAUGGAUGGUACAGCUCCACUGGAGGCUUCACCACACGGGGCUCCAACUAGUGCCUGCGCAAGAGUUCCCGUGCUACUACAGGAAGCUACUGAAAAUGCCGAUGAUUUGCAAAGAACCAACUGCUUGCUGCAUUUUGAUAAUAAUGUAUGUUUAGCGUUCCACAUUGCUGACCUGGGAAAAAAUUGUGGAAAUGAAAAAAAACAAAAAAACUCUAGUGGAUGCCUGCCUUUAUCCAACUUUAUCUGAUGCUACACUUAUAAUCUAACUUUUGUCAGAGACCCGUCCCAUGCACCCUUGAUAGGUGGCUGUUGAACCGCCCCCGCCAAUGAAUAAUCACCAUUAAAAGAAUUUGUCACUAUCAUCUAAACGUGUCGAGCCCUUGUCAUGGAGGCUGAAACUGCACAUUGGCACGCUACCUUUCAAGAUCGCACGAGACCAGUGAUUUGUAAAAGCUAGCUAAUGGGUCGGAACAUGCAACACGACCGUAUGCACACAAACACAUAGGGUUCUGACAAAUAAUGCUCCUUUCAGAGGUUUAUUUUUUUGGAAUGGUGACUUCUUAUUACAUGUCAGUCAGUGUAAAGACUGUAUAUCCUCAGGAGGGUUUUUAAUGUAUGUAGAUGCUGACCCUCACCUCUUGAUUAUGGAGUGAAGUGACUCCGAGCUAUCUGCAUCAGGGCAUGUGCUUCGGCGUAUGCGUGUUCGCCAACAAAAAGCUUUCCAUGGACGCUGGUGGGCGCCUUGGACCUGGGGAGCACGUGCGACAGGCUUGCACGUCUCUGCCGCACUGACAAAGUGACUUAAACAUGACACAUCGUGUACUGCGUAGCUGCAGCUGGAGUGCCAGUAUAGGCAGACAUAUGAUAUGCUCCCGACGCAACACACCCAGUGUCAUCGACAGCCUGUCGAGGAAGGUUACAGUAAACCAUUACUGAGUUACUAUAAGUUCAGUAUUUAACACUGUGUACCAUGAUCUUAUUUACAUCAGUUGGAAGAAGUAUUUUUUUUAUGGUUUAACGGUUUCUCUAAGGCCUUAUUUAUUGUUGAGUUUCUAGAUGUGUCAAAUCAGUGUUCUGUCUACUCAUGUUUUUGUCCUUCUGUAUAUGAGCAGAAGUUUAUAAUAAAACAGAUCAAGUUAACCUGAGAUGCAGUCUGUGAUUCAUAGGGACGGUUAUGUGUUGAGAAUUUCUGUAUGGGAAAAAAAUUCUAUAUUAAACUAAACUGUUCAAUCUGCAA